AUGAAGGGAACAAAAUUGCUAACAUGCGCGGGCCGCUGUGUCGGCAGUCGAAGCAACAAGCUGUUUGCAGUCCGCAGUCGUGGUAAGGCAACUGCGGCGGCGGCCGAAGCGCCUCGUGGAGCGCGUCAGAGCGCAUCAUUUACUCUGAACCUGUUCCGCGGGCAGUUCGAGCCUUCUCAGGUCUUCCCUUUCCCGGAGCCUCUUACCGAAGACCAGCGCCAGACUCUCGCGGAGCUCGUACCUCCCGUCGAAAAAUUCUUUCAAGAGGUAAACGAUCCCGCAAAGAAUGACGCUGACGCGCAGAUCGAAGAGGGCACGGUAGCGGGGCUGUGGGAGCUGGGCGCGUUCGGGCUGCAGGUGCCGACGGAGCUGGGCGGGCUGGGGCUGUGCAACACGCAGUACGCGCGGCUGGUGGAGAUCGUGGGCGCGCACGACCUGGGCGUGGGCAUCACGCUGGGCGCGCACCAGUCCAUCGGCUUCAAGGGCGUGCUGCUGUUCGGCGACGAGCGCCAGAAGGCGCACUACUUGCCGCGCGUCACGAGCGGCGAGUACGCGGCCUUCUGCCUCACCGAGCCCUCCUCUGGCUCCGAUGCCGGUUCCAUCAAGACGCGCGCGGUGCUGUCGCCUGAUAGCAAGCACUUCAUACUGAAUGGAUCAAAGAUUUGGAUAAGUAACGGCGGGAUCGCUGAAAUUAUGACUGUCUUUGCGCAGACACCCGUAGAGAAAGACGGGAAAACUGUUGAUAAAGUGACGGCGUUUAUCGUGGAGCGCGGGUUCGGCGGCGUGUCCUCCGGCCCGCCCGAGAACAAGAUGGGCAUCCGCUGCUCCAACACCACGGAGGUGUACUACGAGGACGUGAAGGUGCCCGUGGCCAACGUGCUGGGCGGCGUCGGCAACGGCUUCAAGGUGGCCAUGAACAUCCUCAACAACGGGCGUUUCGGCAUGGCGGCGGCGCUGGCGGGCACGCAGCGCGCCGCCCUGCGCCAGGCCGCCGAGCACGCCGCCACGCGCGUGCAGUUCGGCAAGCGCCUGUGCGAGUUCGGCGCCGUGCGGGAGAAGCUGGCGCGCAUGGCCAUGCUGCAGUACGUCACCGAGUCGCUGGCCUACAUGGUCAGCGGCAACAUGGACGCCGGCGCGCAGGACUACCACCUCGAGGCCGCUAUCUCCAAGGUUUUCGCCUCCGACUCAGCCUGGACCGUGGUGGACGAGGCCAUCCAGAUCCUGGGCGGCAUGGGCUUCAUGAAGGCCGCGGGGCUCGAGCGCGUGCUGCGCGACCUGCGCAUCUUCCGCAUCUUCGAGGGCACCAACGACAUCCUGCGCCUGUUCGUGGCGCUGACGGGCAUCCAGUUCGCGGGCUCGCACCUGCAAGAGCUGAUGCGCGCGUUCAAGAACCCCACGGCGCACCUCGGGCUGAUCUUCGGCGAGGCGGGGCGGCGCGCCGGGCGGGCCGUGGGGCUCGCGCGCGGCGCUGACCUGGACCCGCUGGUGGCGCCCGAGCUGCGGCCGGCGGCGCGCGAGCUGGCGCGCCGCGUGCUGGAGUUCGGCGCGUGCGUGGAGGCGGCGCUGCGCAAGUACGGGCGCGGCGUGGUGGAUGAGCAGCUCGUGCUCAACCAGCUGGCGGCGGGCGCCAUCGACGCGUACACGUCGGCGGCCGUGCUGGCGCGCGCGUCCCGGGCGCAGCGCCGCGGGCUGCCGGCGGCGGCGCACGAGCUGCGCCUGGCGGAGGCGUGGGCGGAGGAGGCGGCGGCGCGGCUGGGCGCGCUGCCCGCCGCGCUGGCACCGGCCGCGCUGGGCCGCGGCGCGCGCCUCGCCGCGCUGGGCGCCGCCGUGGCCGACGCCGGCGGGCAGAUCUCCCGCUCGCCGCUCAACCUC